AUGUCAGCAGUCUGGGAAGCGGUGCAUGCACUUGCGCUCCUUCAAGAGCAAAUAUACACGGCGUGGCGCGGCCGACGGGUGUUGAGCUUGAUCAGCUUCGACGUCAAAGGAGCCUCUAUUGGAGUGUGCGAAGAACGAUUGCUUCAGAGGAUGAAAGCGCGAGGCAUACCGGAGGUUCUGCUCCGGUGGGUUGAGGCGUUCUGCUCGGAACGAACGGCGACUAUCCAAAUCAAUGGGCAAAUGUCUGAGGUCCAAAGGCUGCCACAGGCUGGACUGCCGCAGGGCUCGCCGCUUUCCCCAAUCCUAUUCCUCUUCUUCAACGCAGACCUCGUGACCGGACCAACUGCGCAGAGUAAUCCGGAAGGUAUUGAAGCAAUUGUCAAUAAAGCACUCGGCUGGGAGAAAAGGAGUAGCGCGACGUUUGAGGCAGACAAAACAGCCAUCAUACACUUCGCCUCUAAUGCUAACAAAUCAGACCAGAGGCCUUUCACCAUCAAGGGACAGACCGUUGAGCCCAAAGACCAUGUCAAAAUUUUGGGCGUCCUCAUGGACACGAGACUCAAGUACAAGGAGCAUAUCGUGAGGGCAGCGUCUAAAGGCCUGGAGGCAGCGAUGGAGUUUCGGCGACUUCGUGGCUUAUCCCCAGCCACAGCACGGCGGUUACUCACAUCGACGGUGGCUCCGGUGGUAGACUACGCCUCUAGCGUCUGGAUGCACGCUUGCAAGGAUAAGGCAAUCGGGCCAAUCAACCGAGUCCAAAGGGUGGGAGCGCAGGCAACUGUAGGGACAUUUCUCACAGUUGCAACCAGCCUGGCGGAGGCAGAUGCUUACAUUGCCACUGCCCAACACCGUUUUUGGAGACGGGCCGUGAAAAUGUGGACGGACCUCCACACUCUCCCAGAAACCAAUCCUCUCCACAGGAAUACAGCUCGGAUCAAGAAAUUUAAGAGGUAUCACCGUUCACCGCUGUACCAGGUAGCGGACGCUCUGAAAAGCAUUGAGAUGGAGACACUGGAAACCAUCAAUCCGUUUACAUUAGCACAUUGGGAGACACGCAUGCAGACCGACGUUGAAGCAAUGCCGGCCUCACAGACUGUACCGGGUGGGUCAAUGCAAGUCGCAGUCAGCAGUUGCGCACGAAACGGGCUCGUAGGGCUUGGGGUGGCGAUCGAGAAGCAACCACCUCGAUAUCGAAAACUGAAACUGAAGACCUUUUCCGUGACAUUAGGCGCAAGAUCAGAGCAAGAUCCGUUCUCCGCGGAGCUAGCAGCAAUAGCACAUACAUUGAACAUGCUAGUGGGACUGAAUGAUUACAGGAUCAGGUUGCUCUCGAGCAACAAAGCCGCGGCUCUCACGAUGAGGAACCCUCGACAACAAUCAGGCCAGGAAUUCGUCUGCCAGACGUACAAGCUGAUGAGAAGACUGCGGAGAAAUGGAAGCCCUGUCAAUAUUCUUUGGGUUCCUACCAGCAAAGACAUUCAACUGCCAGGUCUGGCGAAAGAGCAGGCCAGAACUGCGACCUAG